AUGAAUACUAUUAUCCUUCACAGCAGCGCAGCGCCCUUGAGACGGGUGCCUACAGUAUACGAAGCUCAAAUCAUUCAUUUCUAUACCUCAACCUAUCAGGAAUCUCGCCGGAGACAAAAGUCAAGAUUAUUAAGUGAUCAACUGGAAACCGUUCUUCUUCCGGGAGAAGGAGCUGCUGACGAAGAAGGAUCGAGUGAUGGUUCAACGAUGACAGCGAACGCCCAGAUACAAGAAUGCGCGACAGCAGAACCAUCCAUUGUUGAAAUUGCACCUACCGAAAUUAUCGAUAAGAUAUUGAACAAUCUCUUCGAAAAAGAAUUUCCUGAUAUCUGCUCAGCCCUUUGUUUCGGCUUGACUUCCCGCAGAAAUUGGGCAAUACUUCGUAACCUGGACCAUACAAGCUACCUCAAAGAACAUAUGGACCAGAUUCCAAGUAUUAUCGAUUUCAAAUACGACAAGAUCCCAUUGUUUAAUCCGCAUUACGAGUCAUACAGCGUCCUUGAGCAAAGUAUUAUACAUAAACUUGUUUUCUACCCCUAUUUCUUUGAGGAUAAGACAGAUAUCAACCAUCAUAUUAAGCCUUCUCAACGUAGGCAACUCAUGUUAUUCAAGAAGUGGAUGGGCCCCAAAUAUCGUCUUCCAUCUUCUUCGGUCAUCCCUUACUAUCUAUCUUGUGCUGUAUAUGGGGAACCGGGUGUAGAAAGUAUCGAAGAAGCGAUUCAUCGGAGACGAUACUCUGAUUUCAUACGUUAUAUAGAAUUGAAGCAGAAGGUUACAAGUCCGUUUGGACUAGAUAUGAUCAGGCCAAUAUCUUUAGGUAAUCUUGAUUUUGGAACAACUCGGCUCUUGAAUCAUUUUAGGCAUAUCAAGGUUCCCCGCCGCCAAAAUCCAACCGACCAACCACACCACCAAGGACUCUCAGUCCUUUCCUUCAACUUCCAUUACUUCCACCUUCGAUACACCCAGAAAGAAAAUACCUUCAGCGCAAAUACAACUUCAACGUUCAAGAUGCCUCCUAAGAGUCGUCCGCCUCCGAAGUCAACGCAAGCCAACUUGGACAACUUUGUCUUGCAAACUUCGGCAUCGAACACAAGCAAUACACCAGCAGCUGGUAAUAACUCGUCUCUUGCCUCGGCUUCUGCAAGGAAUAAUCGGACUGCACCUGUCAAAAAGCGAUUCCAAGUUCGCGGUCCACUUCUUGCAAACCUCAGUCAGGGUGAUGGAGCUGAAAUUGACCGCGAACAAGUGAUGCGCCUUCGUAACAUGGUAGUACAAGAGGGCCUUAACACCAUGCAAAAUUUCCUCAAGUGUGACCCAAGCCAAGUUAAUUAUGCGUGCACAUCUAAGAAGAGACCAGCAGAAAAGACGAAGUCGGAGGAAAAUGGAACCGGCGAUCAACCUGCUCGCAAGAAGAGAUAUAAUACUGCUAAGAGAAGAGCCGCCAAAUUUAAUUUCCCAACAGAAAUCAUCCGUCUCAUCCUCCGAUGUCUCAUCUCCGAACAUCAAACCUUCGAAAGCGACUUCUGCACCGCGGUCUGCUUUGCCCUAACCUGCCGUCCCCACUGGGCCAUCUUCCGCUCAAUCCACAGCCCCAAAGUCUCCCUGCUCGUUCAAUCCCCUAAAACAUGGAACCCUAAGAAAGCCGGCGUUCCCCACAGACUCGGAGAUCUCCUGAUCGACUGGAUGCUUCCAGCAUACCGUCCUCUACCCUGCCGAUUAUUGCACGGCGAAAUGGUACUUCUUGACGUCAUGUCUAUCGAUGUCUUUGUCAGUAUCGCCGCAUAUCCCGACGUGGGAGGUGAGAAAGAUAAGAGGCUCGCAGAAAGAAUAUAUGAAUAUCGACGCAAUUGUUUUCUUGGAUUCUACUGCAUCUACAAUGGUGUUCGUUCUGAUGGCUUUGGACAACCUGCAGGUCUCAACUGGUUUGUUCCCAACCCAUAUAGAAUGGGCGAGAAAUGGUAUUCAGCCACCACUCGCUUUCUCAAACAUACUAUCUUUAAAUGGAAGUCUGAUUGCCAUUUGGAUCGAGAAUAUCACUGGCUUAAUGACAAGGAGGAAUAUAGUCGUCAUUACCGAGUCUGGUCGACUUAUAAAACCUGGAUGUUGAGAGAUUGGGUUGAGGCGCAACCGGAAGCAAUGGCUUACAAGAGAUCUCGAGGAUUGGGUGAAGACAAGGCGAAAGUUGGUAUGAGAGAUGGGUUUGAGAUGUUGAAGUUGGUGGAUGUGCGAAGCGAGGAGCAUAAGGAUAAGAUUAAGCAGGUUGUUAAUGCGAUGCUGAGGUUGGUCAAGGGCAGUCAAUUUUAUGGAGAAUAUUAA